AUGCGUCGCCCCGGCCUCGUUCUACUUGUCCUCCUUUGCGCAUCCCUCGUCCAGCCCCGAGAUCUCCCCAGCACCCGUGUGCCCAUAGCCUUCAGACUGCGAGAAGAGUACACACCUCGGUCUGUUCCGCAGCCAAGUGACGACGCUCGCGAUCUCGCCCAGGCCACGUUCGACAGGUCCACCGCAGCUGGCGAUCGUCCUCCGUCCAAUGUGCUCAUCGUCCAGGCUACCCCAACCGUCGUGCACCGUCCCCAGGACCAGGUGGCGUUUCAGCGCGCCCGCCUUCGAUCGCUCCGGUCGCACGAGAGCGAGGCCGUCGACUGGCAACCUGUGAGCCUGCUCGCGCCGGAUGUAACGGACAGGCACACUCUGUCGCAGCUCGCUCGCAUGGCCGGAAACGCGUACCAGCUCCCCGGCCGGCCAAACUGGUACGACAUAGAUCCUGCCUGGAACACUAGCUUUCCCUUUGGCUGGGAAGGCAAGGCGGACGGAUUCCGAGGGCACGUCUUCACAUCGCCCGACAACUCCACCGUAGUCCUCUCAAUCAAAGGCACGACGCUGCAAGGACCGACGUCCAAGAAAGACAAGUUCAACGACAACCUCCUCUUCUCCUGCUGCUGCGCCCGCGUCGACGUCACCUGGGUCUUCCGCCAGGUCUGCGACUGCUACGCCAAGAACUGGCGCUGCGACAGCACCUGCCUCACCGACGCCCUCGUCCAGGACAGCCUCUUCUACACCGUCGGCGUGGGCCUCGUCCGCGACCUCACCGCGCUCUACCCGAACGCGACGAUGUGGCUCGUCGGCCACUCGCUCGGCGGCGCGCUCGCCUCGCUCCUCGGCACCACCUUCGGCCUCCCCGCCGUCGCCUUCGAGGCCCCGGGCGAGCGCAUGGCCGCGCAGCGCCUCCACCUCCCGCUCCCGCACAUGCCCGAGCCCGCGCCCGCGCCCGCGGGGAGUACGCCCGCGCACGCGCGCGCGCCCGUCACGCACGUCUUCCACAACGCGGACCCGAUCCCACAGGGGGCGUGCGCGGGCGUGGGCUCGCCGUGCGCGCAGGCGGGGUACGCGCUCGAGACGCGGUGCCACCUCGGGCGGUCGGUCGUGUACGACACCGUCGGGCAGCUCGGGUGGCGGGUCGACGUCCGGAAGCACGUCAUCAAGGAGGUCAUCACGCAUGUUAUCGAGGCGGACGUCGAGUGGGUGGGCGACGACGGGGUGGCGAGGGAGGUGCCCGAAGCGCGCGUGGAGGAGGAUUGCAUAGACUGCUUCAAGUGGGAGUUUGGGGACUUCAAGGACGAUGACAGAGACCAUCCAGGGGACAAGUGA